AUGUCUUUCGAUAAGAACGGACCUUUCAAGCUCAACAUCACGACAUUGUUAUCGAUAUUGUCACUAUUAGUGUUUGUCUAUUGCAUUCCUAAUCCGGAGACACAGCAGACUCUCCACAGUGAAGCAGGAAAGAAACCAGGUAAGAAGAAUAUCAUUAUGAUGGUCACCGAUGGCACGGGGCCAUCUUCGUUUAAUAUGGCCCGUUCAUUCAACCAGUAUAUCAAGGAUUUGUCGUUUGAUGAACCUCUCUUUAUUGAUAAGUAUCUGAUUGGCCAAUCACGGACCAGGUCAUCGUCGUCGUUAAUUACAGAUUCUGCUGCCGGUGCAACUGCAUUUUCCUGUGCACUGAAAUCGUAUAAUGGGGCUAUUGGGGUCGAUCAAUUCAAAAACCCGUGCGGAACCAUACUUGAAGCUCUCAAGUUAAAGGGGUGGAAGACGGGUCUCGUAGUAACGACCUCCAUCACCGAUGCCACGCCUGCAGCCUUCAGUUCACAUGCCGAUUAUAGACAGUUUCAGGAUUUGAUUGCCAAUCAGCAGCUGGGACUCAAUAUGACCAUAACCGGUCCCGAUGGUAAUGGAUUAGUUGAUUUAAUGAUUGGUGGAGGAAGAUGUUCGUUUCUACCGGGAAGCAGUGUUGAAGGGUGUAGACAAGACGAGUUGAAUUUGAUUGAAUAUGCCCUUGAGAGAGGUUGGAAUGUUUCACUUACAAGGGAGGAGUUUGAUCAGCUUGGAAUGGGAUUAAAUGAAGAGGUUAGUCUUCCCGUAUUGUCUCUAUUAGCAUACUACAAUAUACCAUAUGAACUCGAUCGAAAUGAACAUAAAUUCCCCAGUUUAUUUGAGGAAACCGUAACGGCAUUGAAUAUCUUAUCGAGAGAGACUGCGGAAUCCGAUCAGGGGUUCUUUUUAUUAGUUGAAGGUUCGAGAAUUGACCAUGCCGGACACCACAAUGAUCCGCAUGCACAAGUACAUGAGAUUUUGGCCUUUGAUAAAGCCUUCCAAGCGGUUAUUGAGUUUGCCGAAAACAGUGACGUUGAGACGUAUGUUAUAUCAACGAGCGACCAUGAGACCGGAGGAGUCGAUGUUGGUCGGCAAGUAACUCCUGAGUAUCCCGAUUAUAUUUGGUAUCCUGAGGUUUUGGAUAGGGCGAGACAUUCAGGAGAAUUCCUUAAUUUUAAAAUCAACAAAUGGAUGCACGAGAGAGGGACCAUUAAACAGGAGGAGCUCCGAGAAUACAUCGAGAGAGAGAUUCUAGAGAAGGACCUCGGUAUUCUAGACUAUGACAGGGAUGAGAUACAUGACAUUCUCGAGCUCAUCUACAGAGAUUCAGCUAGUAAUGAAACUGAUGAGGGAUAUAUCACCAUAACGGAAGUGGACGGAGCCAGUGCCGUUGUUGAGUUUCUCAAAGACAUGGUUUCACGCCGUGCGAGAAUUGGAUGGUCUACACAUGGACAUACCGCUGCCGAUGUCAAUGUCUAUGGAUAUUGUAAUAGAGAACAAGGUGAACAAUUACUCGUUACCGCAUUGGGUGGCAACAUUGAAAAUAUACAAAUUGGUAAAUUUAUGGAACAAAUUGGAGGUGUUGAAUUGAGUGAAUUGAGUGACAAGUUAGUUAGGGAAGGGCAAAUCCAUGCGCCGGCCUGA